AUGGUGUCAACAGCUUAUCAGGUGUCACUGCUGAUGCUGUUGGCCCUUCAAGUGGGGGUGCAACCGCUGCUUAUGGGGUGGUACGCGACCAGUGCGCACGACGUUCGUUUACGUGUUGGAGUAGUGGAGGUGUUAAAACUGCUGUUGACACUGGCGCUGCUAAGUCUUGGGCGUGGGGAAGCUGGCAUUUCGAACCAGCUCAAGACUUGGAGGUGGCGCACCGCAUUUUCCACAACAGUAUUACCUGCACUCAUCUAUUUGCUGCAAAAUUUGCUAAAUCAUGCAGCUGUAGUGACGCUUGAUGGCGUGACGUUUAACGUGCUUAACCAAACCAAAAUCAUCUGGACGGCAUUACUUGUGUAUCUGCUUUUGGGAAUACGCCAGUCUCCGCUGCAACUCGUGGCCCUAGCACUUCUCUGUGUCGCUGCAGUAUUAAUGACGGCGUCAUCAAGAGCUACUCACAAUGCAAUGCAGAGGAAGACGGAUUCUGACGUGUGGACAGGGAUGUACCAGGCGUUAUUAGGAGCCGUGUUGUCAGCUCUGGCCGGUUGCAUUAUACAAAAAGCUUUGCAGAAAGAGAAGCGCAACCAAUAUAUGGUGACAGUGGAGCUUAGUGUGCUGGGCGAAGUUACGCUUUUGGCGUUGGCUUUUGUGCAGGAUAGACUUUUAACAAGUCGAGGGAACGCAGACUCGCAAGAUAGCAUGUGGGACGGCUGGAGCGUUAUGACACUUGGCGCACUCAUGUGUCAAGCACUUGGAGGGGUGCUGGUGGGAUUUGUGAUCCGAGAUUGUGGCAAUGUGGAGAAGAAUUUUGCUGUUGUUGGAGGCAUGGGGCUGACGGCAUGGCUCGAAACGUUUUUUAACGGUAAACCAUUUUGUAACAACGCGCUAGUUGCAAUGGUGCUUGUCACUAUCAGUACGGCGCUGUACACUCUUAAAGCACCCGCUAAUGUAUUAGCCGACGUGAGGCAACUUGCACAUCAUUUGCCCACAAAAGAUGUCACUACUCCAACACCAUCGUACAUCUCGAACGCGAGGCAUUUUAAAAAAAGGUUGAGUGCCGACCUAAAUGAGCGAGAGUCAAUCGUAACACAUGAAACUAUCGGUAUGGUUAGUAGUACAAACGAACAUGCGAACUGCGUUUCUCGACAAGAGAUGCGGCGAAACUCGCGGCAACUUCAGCCGCUCUGCGACUCGUCAUCAAUUUUGUCAGAGUCAGAAACUAUCGUAUAG